UUUUUCUUCUUCUUCUUCUCCACCCCUCCUACCCCUCUUCUCUCCAUGGCGGAGCCGGAGCGGGUUUACUCUCCUCCUCCUCCGCCCGACCCUUCUCUAUUCUCUGCAGGCACCUACGUUGUCCAAAUCCCUAAGGACCAAAUCUACCGCAUUCCUCCCCCCGAAAACGCCCUCAUUGUUGAGCGUCAUCGCAACCCCUCCAUCACCACCUCCUCUCGUCGUCGCUCCUGUUGCCUCCGUAUCUUCCUCCCCAUCUUCUUCGUCUUCGUCCUCAUCCUCCUCUUGGCCCUCCUCCUCCCUCCUCUUCUCACCCCUCCUAAACCCCCCGUCUUCGAUCUCAUAAAAUUCAAACUCACUCCAUCCACCCACAAAUUCCAUAUCAACCUCGAUAUUCUCAACCCUAAUUCCGCUGGCUCCAUCUCCUUCAAAUCUCCCUCACGUGCCUCCCUCUCCUUCCGAAAACAAAAACUUGCCACAGCUAAAUUCCCUCUCAUCCGUACAGAACAUGGAUCCCAACGACAUGUCGCAUUGUCCCUUCAUGCCAAAUCCUCCUUCCCUAAGGAGUUGCAACGGCGGAUGAAAAACAAGUCGAAGCUCCACAUCUCCAUGUCUUUGAAGAUGGAUCUUCCCGCCGAGACGACAAGUCGGUUGUCGACUCGUCGGGAGGUCAAAUUUGUUGUUGUUUGUAGCUUCACGGUUAACACAUUGGGUAAAAAUUCACGGAUAUUGUCGCAAGAUUGUCAAAGUGAACGCCAAUGA